UAUCCCAAACACUGAUAUUUUUUGUAAGUAUUUUUUUAUAACAUAAAUAAACGUGGGUAAAGUUUUUACUACUUUAAUGAUUUUGAUCCAAAGAAAAAGUGGAAUGCCAAAUAGGCGACGGAGGGAUCAGGGAAUAUACACCUAGACACUUAAAAAAUUAAUACGGAGUAAAAAUAAAAAAAUGUCCCGCUUACGUCUAGAACCAUCUGGCGGAAACCGAACAUUCUACAGUCUUCACUCUCAAACUCUCUGGAACUAUCGUCUUCCCCUUCCCCAAGCCCCAUCCGCUUUUCACUUCCAGUAUAUAAUAUUGUGCCAUUCCAUUUCAAACCAUCUCAAAGAGAAUUAAAAGUUAACUGUGCACUAAAGCAAAUUAGAUCGAUUCAAAUUUCUCUCAUUUCAAUUUCAGAGUACUAUGGCUUCUUCAAUGGCUAUUCGGAGAGCUGCCGCCACCACAUCUGCUCUUUUCAACAAAUUAGUCAUUCCUGCGCGCCAGGCAUCCGCCGUUCCUUCUGUUUUCAGAUCCUUCAACACCAAUGCUCAGAUGACGGCCUACGAGGAUGAUGAUCGCGACGUCGACGUUGAACGCCGCUCAGGCCGAUCUGUCUCUCGCCGCCGCGACACUUUCCCUGGCGCCUUUUCAGAUUCGUUCGAUCCGUUUUCUCCCCCGAGGAGCGUAAGCCAGCUGUUGAACAUGAUGGAUCAAUUGCUUGAGAAUCCGCUCGCCUCGUCCUUCGGUGCGUUUGGCCCUACCGCCGCGCCGAGGAGAGGUUGGGAUGUGCGAGAGGAUGAGAACGCGCUCUACAUCAAGAUGGACAUGCCAGGACUGGACAAGGGCGACGUCAAGGUCAGCGUGGAGGAGAACACGCUAUUGAUUAAAGGUGAGUUGGCGGAAGAGGAGGCAAAGAAGAACGAUGGAGAGGAUUACGGAAGGAGAAGGUAUUCAACGAGGCUGGAGAUUCCACCGAAUCUGUACAAGCUCGACUCCAUUAAGGCGGAGAUGAAGAAUGGGGUGUUGAAGGUUGCUGUUCCGAAGGUGAAGCAGGAAGAAAGGAAAGACGUUUUCCAAGUCAAUGUAGAGUGAGUGGGAGGGCUUAAUUGUUACUGAGGCUUGAGAUGAUGGGAUUAGGCCGAUUCGCGCCUCACUGUUAACGUUUUCUUUUGAGAAUUGAUUUUGUAUCCCAAUCUUUGGUUUCUCAAAAACCAAAAAACUAUUCUCUUUUGUCUUUAAUUAACUUUACAUUUUAUGUUUUGUGGUGUUCAAUUUAUUUUCUACAAACAUUGUAUUCUAUAGUAAAGUCAAAUUUAUUUUCUUAAUAUGUUUGAAAGUCAAAUUUAUUUUUCUUAAUAUGUUUGAAGUCAAAGUUUAAACUUCAUUAAAGGACUGGAGGGAGUGUAGUACCCGUGCAUAUGCACGAGAAAGAAC